AUCUCAAGAGGUCUGACGUAUUUGUGAAUCUAUGCACAACAUAUCUUUGGAAACAUACACAGGAGAAGAGAACUUUGCGUCUAGGGAAGAGAACUUAGUAUCUAUGGAAUAAGGAUGGGAGGGAGAUUUUUCUCUAUAUGCCUUUUUGAAUCAUCCAGGUAAAUAUAGUACCUACUUAAAAAUGCUUACUUUAAACUGAGCUGUGAAGUGGAAGACAUGAGCCUUCUGUUUUGACUUAGCUGCCUGCAGAUACUUGGAGAAGCAGCAGUUACUUAUGGAGACUGCAGUGAGGGAAGAUGGAGUAGAUGUACUUUUUCCUGUUUCUUCACUAAAUACAACUAAAAUCCCUGGAUACUGGAUCUAAAACAAACAUGAGAUGUUUCUGAAAGGUGAAGAGAAGGAGGCACGAGCAACUAGGGACCUCGGGACCUGUGAAAUGACAUGGUGAUGUUUGACCAACAUGUGGAAAUAACCAAGGCGAAUCAAGAAGAAGAAAGCUACAUCUUGGGAGAGGCACUAUGGUUGGAGAGUGCCUGGAAUAGGAAACAUCAUCAUCUGGUUGUCUGGCACCAUCAAAGAAUUGCAUUUCUGACCCAACAAGAGCUUGUGGGUGGUUGGGGGUGGGAUGGAGGCUGGGGAGAGGAUUGAUGCCAGCCAGCUGCCUCACGGGGUGCUGGAAACACGUGGCCAUGCCAUUAGCAUCCUAUUUGGCUUCUGGAUGAGUUUCAUCUCUGACACCUACAUAGUCCUCGCUUGGAUCAGCAAGAUAAAAGGCAGCCCUGGUGUUAGUGCCUCCUCUGAUGAGCCGCAUGCCAGAAUCCGGCAGAGAAAAAGGCAUGGCCAUGCAGAAGAGGACCGAAGUCAGGUGCCAGAAGCAGGUGACAUCUCCACUCUCAGUUCUUUGGAGGCAGCUAUUUUAAUAGAGCCACUUUACUGCAGCUAUUUUGACAUGAAGAUAUUUUGGUUUGGCUCAAAAAUUAAGCUGAUAAAUGUUAAGCUUUUUAAAAAAUAAAUGAUGAGUAAAAUAGGCAUCUCGCAGGCCAUCUGUGAGCUUUGCCUCAACCUUGAUUUUCACCCCAUUGUCAAUCUAACCUCCAGGCAUCAAGGGUAUAUGGGUUGAGAACAGAUGAGGGAAAGGAUCGGUAGAGGUUCAAGAUGAGAGAAAUAGCUUGUCAGGACCCCAGGAGAGUUGAGGUGCUUUUAAAGUAAAACAAAACAAAACAAAAAAAAACUGUGGUCAACCAAAUUCAGAAAUGGGACAGAAGUCAGAGAUGGAAUGAAAGAUGGGAAAUUGGUUAUAAAUCAAAUACGGUGAGUCUGAAUUUUGGCUUGCCUGUUUUGAGGCAGCUGUAUCAAAAUAGUUGUGUUGGAAGAGCUGCAUGAAAUUGUUAGGCAAGAAAUAGUCCAUCUACGAUUCAAAUGAGCUCAUUUUGCCUCUUCCGUGGUCGAUGUCUGACUCAUAAAUGUCUAUACAUGUAUGGCUUGUGUGAGCCUCAGUUUCCCCACAUGAAAUAAAGAUGAUGAUGUUGGCCCUUCCUCUUUCCCCCUUUUUGCUCUCCCUCCAAGUGACAUGCUGAGGAAUGAGCCAGCAUCUUGUAAACUGCUCCAGGCCACCUGGAGAAAUGUACUUGCAUGACAGUCGGCUUUAGUAUACGUGAGUCUUCUAUGAGUAAAGAAUUUUAGAGUUGGCAGCCGUUUCUGCCGUGUGACUCAUUGGGCACAAUGAUGCCCUUAGCUACAAUGUAUGGUGUGGGUGAUGAAUUUGUUCUUGUCACGGCAGAGGACUGAGUAUUCUUUAUCCGAAUGCUAUAGAUUGAGUUUGCACAUGGGAACUAGAUUAGCUCUGAAGAGAGUUGAAAGGAACCCGACAUUUCUGCCUGCAAUCUAGAGUUUCAUUGUACAAACAACCGCAGUGGCACAUUUGUGCCCAAUCAUUGGCUUCCCUUUGCCAGCAAAGAAAAUCUUCUAAAUCCUUCUGCCAUUUGUCAAACCUGCCAAAGUCCCUAGAGGCAGUUCUGGUAUAACUAAAGGGGAGGGAAGAGAAUAUUCUCUCUACCAGGUUUCGCUAUUUCCUAUGAUGGUUGUUCACAAGGGGACAGCUUCUGCAUCACAGGAUGAAGCUUCAGUGAUUUAGAUGUCCUCCCAGCAUUAGGGCAAGGAGGUAGGAGGCACCAGGCCCCAGCUUCCAGAAUCCUGUCCUGCAGCCUCCCCGUGGCUGGGCAGCGGCCCUCCUUUGAGCCUUCAGGGUGGAAACAAAGGACACGUGUGUCUCUGCAGCACUUCCGGCUUUCACUCAUCCCUGUUUUCAGAGCCAAAGCACCAUCUCCUCUGGUACAGUUAAUCUUUGUUCCUGCCACUGACCCAUCCACCUUUAUUACUUCUCACCAAGUCCCUGCCUUCAGAUUUUCUAUGGAUUUCUCUCUUAGGCAUUGCGUUCUGAUUCCCUCCACACAUUCAUUUCCAAGUGCCAAGAACAACUCUGUUCCGGCAGGAGGAUAUUAUUUGGCUUAAAAGAUAAGAUUGAGCAGUGGCUUCUCUCCAUCAGCAUUCUUUAGGUUUACGUAGGAAUUCACUCUGGGAGCAGUUUAGAAUCUCCUUCAAGCCUCUCCCAGACUGACAAAGUUUCUGUCCCAGAGAGUUACUUUGCUUCCAUUGUUUCUAAAUAAAUGAGAAAAGCCUUUCUUUCUGAGCCUGUAUGGAAGAGGGAGGAGAACACCCCUCCCUCCACGACUGCUUCCCUCCGCUGGGCGCACAGUGAAUACACACUGGGUAUUGUUACCAUUGUGACACACUUAAGCCUCAACUCCAGUAUUCAAUGGUCUAAUAAACCUUGAGUCCAACCUUUGGGAGCCACGCUCACCCUUUAGGGCAGCUCUUCCUAAGUGACUGCCAAGCAUUCCCUGGUUGAGAUGGAGGAGGCAUAUCCAGCCAACAGUGGCGUCUCUGUUGACAUCACGCAGGCCUUAAUGACACAGACUAAGCACAACAGCUGGAGCCCUCAUUGGUGCCUGUUAAUAUUUUGGGUAAGUUUUGUUGCCCCAUCCACCACUCUGUAUAGUGAUUCCGGAAUUUGCUAUUUGAUACAGAGCAAAUGAAGAGAUGGAAGGAGCUGGUCACCACUCAGGCUGCAAGCAAGCCCAUCAUGCCCAUCUCCCAAGAGGACUCCUUGUGUGCCUUCAAAAUAUCCUGAUCCUUGACUUGAUCUGCUUGGAAUGAUUGCAAACAAUGGCCCAGUUUCCUCUAGACCAGAGGACAUUCUGUGCUCCCAGAACAGAAUGCUACACAUGGGAACCAGGGAAAGGCAGGCUUUAUGAGGUCAGCCACAAGGCUCCUGCUUCAAGCCUAAAACCAAUGUAAUUAGGCUAAGAUUGAACAGGAUAAAGCUUUGCAAGGAACAUCUCUGGCAUGUGAGGGUUAUCCCAGGUAUAUGAAUUGGCUGCUUUUGAGUCUUCCUAUGACUCUUGGAGGUAAAUAGGGCAAGUGUUAUUACUCUAGUUCUACCAAUGGAGAAACUAAGUCCUAGAGGUCAGCUAAAGAAGUUAUCUAAAUGACUGGCAGAUGGGAUGCAAGGAACCUCAAAUUCCUGACAUCUGUUCCGGUUUUUUCCCCUCACCCCAUGUUGCCCUUCAGCAGGGCUUAGCAAAACAGCCAACACAAGUCCUAGCCUUUCCAGCUGGGCAGAAGUUGGAAACUGGCAUGGAUUUCCACUGGAGUUGCUGGGGCCUGGGGGCUACAGAUACUGCUUCUGCUUGCUUAUCAUGGCUCAGGAGGGCUGAGACUAUCUGGAGACUCAAUUUUUACAUGGUCGUGGUAAAGGGAGUACAAAU